CAUUGACCGCGUGCAAACAUCUUCGCAUAAGAAACAGCGAAUUCUCCGCAAAAUGUUGGUGAACAUUGUGAAGGGUUUAGCGGCAUCAUCUCUCUGUCCCGUCCGAUCAUGUCUUCUCCAAUCGACACGAAACACCUUCGUGCUUAAGCGUCGCUUUCCACCGAACCUGUACAAGAAAAACCAAAAACCGGGAAAACUACGUGGCAGACACUACGUGUACGACUUGGUCGAGGACACGACGAUAACGAAGAAACCGAACCUAGAGGUUGUACUGACUACGUUCGUCGAGGGCGUUGGAUCGAAAGGGGAUGUAGUAUCACUGAAGCCAAACAUUGCCUACAACAAACUGCUGCUGCCCGGUCUGGCAGUGUACAAAACACCAGAAAGUGUAGCGAAGUAUGCUACCGUGAAGGAUGAAAAGGAAAAAGAAGUGCACAGUUCGGCCUACGCCCAGAGGACUGUGAACAAACUAGAAAGCUUGAUUCUGGCUGUCGUCAUGAACAAGGAUCAUCCGUGGAAAAUUGAACCGUGGCAUAUUAAAGCUUCUCUUCGGAAGGCUGGAUAUUACGUUCCGGAGCACGCAAUCGCUUUACCGGAAACGCCUAUCACAGGACCAGACCUUUUAAAGCAAAACAAGGAAUUCUACUGCACAAUCACGAUCAACAAUUUGGAGAAGGCUCGCGUGCGCUGCCGGAUACAUCACUGGAGCACAGAACCUAGCGAUCGUCUACCCUAUGUCUUUGAACAUUGGAAACUGGAUUCUGAGCCACUGUUUGGCAAUAACAGUACUCCUGCGCAGCCUGAAGAUAACCUGAAAAAUGUGGAAAAGUAAAUGAAGGGUGCAACGGUAUUGCAUUUUAUUCUCGGUCUUGUGUAAAAUUCUAGAAUAAAUAUUACCUUCAGUAGGAUUCAUAGUCAACCAGUGAA